AUGAGGCGCGUUGCCGGCUCCUUGCUUUUCACCCUGGCCGUCGUCACGGACCACGCAUUCGCUGCCAUUCCUUUAGAAUCUACGCCAACCGUCGAUCUGGGGUACGCAGUUUACGAGGGCGUCUACAACGACACCUACAACCUGAACACCUGGAAAAGCAUCCGAUACGCCGCUCCCCCAACCGGCAACCUACGAUGGCAAGCUCCUCAACCACCUCUCAAUGCCACCACCCAAAAUCGCCUCGUUCCCGCAGUGGAUCAGCCUCCGUGGUGUCCCCAGUCUGGCGCCUACGGCGUGCCUUCAGUGUACGGCUUCAAUUCCAAUCUCGGCAACGAAGAUUGUCUCUAUCUCAACGUGUAUGCGCCGCCGCAGGCAAAGGACCUGCCCGUCUUCGUCUGGAUCCAUGGCGGUGGCUAUUCCGUCUUUUCUGCCACUUACAACCCCAGCUCUAUGAUAGACGACAACAACAACGGUUUCAUCACCGUUGAGAUUCAAUACCGCCUUGGCGCCUUUGGCCAGCUCGCCUCAGCCGACGUCCAGCAGCACGGUAAACUCAACGCUGGCUUAUUAGACCAGCGCUUCGCACUCCAGUGGGUGCAGAAAUACAUCUCCAAGUUUGGUGGUGAUCCUGCCCGCGUUACACUGGGCGGCGAGUCAUCUGGCGCAGGAUCCGUCAUGUAUCAGUCUUUGGCAUAUGGUGGCAGAGACUCUGGAUUGUUCAGCAACAUCAUCUUGGCCAGCACUUAUGUCCCACCCAUCUACCAAUUCAACGAUUCCAUCCCCACCAGCUAUUACAACGACUUUGCUGCAGCCGCUGGGUGCGGGGCGACUUCACCUACGAGAAAAGAGCAUUCAAGCGUAUUUGACUGCCUUGUUGCCGCCGACACGAAUGUCUUGCAAAAUGCUAGUGGUUUGGUAUCAACUUCCAGCGGCUAUUUUGGAAGCUUCUCCUGGCUGCCAGUCAUUGACCACGAUAUGAUCCAAAAUCGACCUUCAGAACAGCUUCAACGUGGCCAAAUCAGCGGCCAACGCGUCUUAAUCGGAACCAAUGCCAACGAAGGUGUCCCACUUACAAACCCCUACAUCACCACCAAAUCCGACUUUGACGCCUUCAUAUCGUCCACUCUCACUAAUCUCACCACCUCUGAUAUUUUUGCUCUGAAUCAACUUUACGGCACAGCUACUGUACAGCCUGGUAACAACGGAACCCGCUUCGAUACAAUGGGCGACAGUGGCCCUACGGCAAACACCGUCUCGGGCAUGGCCACGGGCAUCCAGCAGACAGCCUUCAACGUUGCCGCCGAAUCCAUCUUCCAAUGUCCCUCGCAGUGGAUAGCUGAAGCCUUUAGCUCAAAACGACAGGCGUGGAAGUACCAAUACUCGCUCGACCCAGCAUAUCACGGCGCAGACCUCGGUGCGUAUUUUGUCAGCACCAAUGGCCCGCCGAAUCCCGGCUUUCAGCGCAGCUUCCACAUGAUCUGGGGCAGCUUCAUCAUCAACGACUCUCCAGUUAUAUCUGUAAAGGAUGCAACCGCCGGAAUGGCAAAUGCCACGGUUCCCAUCGACGCCAAUCGCCCGGAUCAAAUAUCAUGGCCGCAGUACAGCGCAGAUGAUGCAAUAUUCAUCAACCUCAAUACCACGGGCGGAGAGGUAUCUCUGGUCACAGUGACAGAUGAGCUGAGCUACUACGUCCGCAAAGGAGCCGGUAUCGUCAACACCUUUCGCCUUGCCAAUGCUACGUCUUGGGAGGGUGGGCGCGGCGAUAGAUGCAGGUUUUGGCAGUCUGUUGCACCUAGAGUGCCCAACUAA